AUGGCUUGGAGUAACUUUCAUGUUGGAAAAGACUGUGGUCAUGUUAAAUGGUCACGCAAUAUCACUCCCAAGUUAACCGUCUCAUCCGGCCAGACUGUUACAUUUGAUGCGAUCGAUAGCAGUAACGGCCAACUUACACCCGAUUCCGAUGCCUCGGCCAUUAAGACACUAGAUCUCGGCAUCGCCAACCCUGUCUUCGGCCCGAUUCUUGUCCAAGAUGCUCAACCAGGCGAUGUCUUGAAAGUGGAGAUCCUUAAUCUUGAAGUUGCCGAUUGGGGUUGGUCCGCUAUCAUUCCCGGCUUCGGUUUAUUAGCAGACGAAUACCCCGAACCCGAAAUUAAGAUCUGGUCUCUGGACCGUGAGAAGGGAUAUGCACAGUUUAACGAUAUGCGCAUUCCUCUUCGACCCUUCCUUGGAUGCAUGGGGCUGGCCCCCGGCAACGACGAUGAAUUAUCAACCGUCCCACCCACACACCACGGCGGUAACAUGGACUGCCGUGAGCUCAGCGUCGGUUCAACCGUCUACCUCCCCGUGCAAACCGCUGGAGCUUUUUUCAGCUGUGGUGAUGGACACGCAGCUCAGGGCCACGGUGAAGUCUGCGGAACUGCUAUCGAAACUCCCAUUCGAGCAACCCUGCGCUUCGAGCUAUGCAAGAAUCAGCCUUGGGUGACUACUCCCCAGUACCAGACUCCACCUCGUGCUCAAAUACCUAAUCCGUUGCCGGAUCUUGGAACUUAUGGCGCCCUCGGAGUUUCGCCGGAUCUGUUCGAGGCUGCGAAGAGCGCCACGCGCAAUCUGGUUCAGUGGCUGGUCUCCACUAAGAACCUUACCCGCAGUGAAGCCUAUAUCCUGGCAAGUGUUGCCGGGGACUUGCAAAUUGUUGAAAUUGUCAAUGUGCCCAAUUUUGAGGUUUCCAUGAGUAUUCCGUUGGGAAUUUUCAGCUGA